CCCACGUCCACACAACCACAAGAAACGUCGGAGACUCGCCGGUGAUCGAUCCCCAUCACUCGCCGGCGAUUGGUCUGGACGCGACACAAUGGCAGAAAGCGCAGCAAUAGCACCACCACCACAACCAAUGGCACCACCGCAACCAGUGGAGGAAAACGCAACGGCGGCACCGCCGCAACCAAUGGCACCACCGCAACCAAUGGCGGAAAACGCAACGGCGGCACCACCGCAACCAAUGGCGGAAAACGCAACUGUCGUUGUGGUGGUGCCACCACCACCGCCAGACGGCACCACGACAUUCCUCUGCCUCAUCCUCGCCUUCUUCAUCCCUCCCCUCGGCGUUUUCCUCAAGUACAAAUGUGAGAUUGAAUUCUGGAUCUGCCUCAUCCUAACAUUCUUGGCCUACGCGCCGGGCAUCAUCUACGCCGUCUGGGUGAUCGUAAAGUAGAGAUUGCACCCAUGAACGUUAGGAAAACAGGGAUUUGAUUCUUCUCUUCGAAUCCCAGCCAUACUAGAAAAGAAAGACUUCACAGAGGCAAGAACAAUUUGGGAAAUCCUAGGGGGAAAUGAUGCAGUUGGAAUGGGGCGACUAAAGGAUUUGUCGCCUCAGUUUUAGGCUAUGUAUAUUUUUCACCUUCCAUGUUUUGGUGCUGAGAAUUGGUUAUUGUUAUCUGGGAAAUUAACAAUAACAGGUUGUGUUGUCAUUGACAUAUAUCGUGGCUGCAAAAUUCCAGAGAAACAUGUCAUUCUCUCUUUU